AUGGGCGCCAAGCAGAGCGGUCCGGCCGCUGCUAACGGCCGCACCCGGGCGUACUCGGGCUCAGAUUUACCUUCCAGCAGCGGCGGAGGGGCCAACGGGACCGCGGGCGGCGGCGGCGGCGGGGCGCGGGCCUCGGCCGCGGGGAGGUUUCCGGCUCAGGUGCCCGGCGCGCACCAGCCCAGCGCCUCGGGCGGCGCCGCGGCGGCCUCGGCGGCCCCGCGCAGCCGCUCCCUCGGCGGGGCCGUGGGGACCGUGGCGUCGGGGGCCCGCGCGGCGCAGUCCUCCUUCAACAUCCCCAACAGCAGCAGCGGCCCGUACGGCUCGCAGGACUCCGUCCACAGCAGCCCCGAGGACGGCGGCGGCGGCAGGGACCGGCCGGCGGGCGGGGGCCCGGGCGGGCCGCGCCUGGUGAUCGGCUCCUUACCAGCUCACCUCUCGCCGCACUUGUUUGGAGGUUUUAAGUGCCCUGUGUGCUCAAAAUUUGUACCCUCGGAUGAAAUGGACUUGCAUCUUGUGAUGUGUUUAACAAAGCCAAGAAUAACCUAUAAUGAGGAUGUACUGAGUAAAGAUGCUGGGGAAUGUGCAAUAUGCCUAGAAGAAUUGCAGCAGGGAGAUACUAUAGCACGACUGCCUUGUCUAUGCAUAUAUCAUAAAGGCUGCAUAGAUGAAUGGUUUGAAGUAAAUAGAUCUUGCCCUGAGCACCCUUCAGAUUAAGCAUCAACUUCCUACUUUAUAGAUUUUCUUGACUUUUCAAGAUGCUUGAAAAACCUAGAGCUUAUGAAGAUCUGUCUCUGGAGAAACAACAGAAAUGCAGGCAUACUCAGUCAGAAAUCUGAGUUCUGGGAAACUCGGUAAUGCAGAGAUGGACAAUCACACACAGGGGAAAGUAAUUCUGCUGAAGAGAGGACAGUAACCACAGAACUCAGUGUACCAAACAUGCAUAUAAAGGACACACAGGGAUUUUGAAAAUGCUGCACAUCCCUUAUUUUAGUCAUCUACGUAGGUAAUACUGAUAAACAUUUUGUAUUCAGACGCCAAAGUUAACUGAUUUAAAAGUUGAUUUACUUUUUAUUAAGUUCUCUAGAGUUGCGCAACUGGUUGUGUUUUGAUUUGUUUUUUAGUUUGGGGUCUCUUUAUUUUCCCCAACAUGAUGUUUCUGCAUUCAUCUAUGCUUAAUUAAACUGAAGACCAUAUAACGUCUUAUAAAGUCCUAAAUGUGAAACCAAGAAAUGUAAUCAAGCAGUAAAACAUUCUCUGAAUGUAGACCAUGACCCAAGUUCUUCUAUUUUUCCCCCAGAAUGGAAAAGACUUAUACAUUGGAAAGCUAAAAUGUGUUAAUAUUUUAUAAUUAAAGGCAUACUAUUAUCAGAAUGCAGUCCAAAGAGUAAAUCAAGUUUUACAGAAUUACACUUUAAUUAAAUAUGAAAUUGUCUACUGAAUUGCAGUUUAUAAAAUAUCUCGUCUCAUCUUAAAUAAAGUUGCUCAACAGUUAAUUAGUAAUGAAUCAUCUUGUAGCUAUGCAACUUUUUAAAAAAUAUGAAUUACCAAUUUUAAGUGCUGCCAGCUACAAUAACUUUAUUUUAACGGGUAUUUUUGUUUGUUCCUUUCAUAUAAUUAUUUUAUUGUGCUUUGCAUCUCCAGGCAGUUUUCCCAUAUUUGGGUAAAAUGUUUAUUAGCAGGUUGUAAACUGAAUAACUUAUGAAAAGGGUGAAAUAAAAUUUUCUUGAGUGGAACUUGGAAUAAUUUGAGGACUUUUAUAUACUUUUAAAAAUCAGCAUUUAGUUGGGAUGCUAGAUUUAUAGUAAUUCGCAUCUUUAGUUUUCCAGAUAAUCUGGAGAUUAGUGUUUGAUAAAUGAUUUUUUAAAGCAAAUAUGAAGAUUUUGUUAAUUUAUAAUUUAUUAAUGUGUUAUUACUGUAAUUGAAAAUGUUAUAGAGACUUUGGAAUUCAGUCUUGUGUGAAAAGAAAUGUAUUAAGCAAAACUAUGUGAAUAAAUAUUCCCACAAACUACA